CUGCUGCAGGACCCUUUUCUCUGGAGCCGCCAUCAGCACCGAUCGAGCUGAUCGAGGGGCAAAAAUGCAGAUCUUCGUGAAGACCCUCACUGGGAAGACCAUCACUCUUGAAGUGGAACCUUCGGAUACCAUUGAGAAUGUGAAGGCUAAGAUUCAGGACAAGGAGGGGAUUCCUCCCGACCAGCAGAGGCUGAUCUUUGCUGGCAAGCAGUUGGAAGAUGGACGGACGCUGUCUGACUACAACAUUCAAAAGGAGUCCACGCUUCACCUGGUCCUGAGGUUGAGGGGUGGAGCGAAGAAAAGGAAGAAGAAGUCUUACACCACUCCCAAGAAAAACAAACACAAGAGGAAGAAGGUCAAGCUGGCUGUGCUCAAGUACUACAAGGUGGACGAGAAUGGCAAGAUCCACCGACUCAGACGGGAGUGUCCAGCAGAUGAGUGUGGUGCUGGCGUCUUCAUGGCGAGUCACUUUGACCGCCAUUACUGUGGGAAGUGCUGUCUCACCUAUUGCUUCAAUAAGCCUGAAGACAAGUGAAUCCUCUCCCUUGCAACUGUUCCACCCUUGAAUAAAGAGUCUUGACUAAG